AUGAAGAUUUACAAAAAAAUGUCAGACUUGUUGAUGUUUCACAGCCACGAUUUAACUGAUCAAUUACCAACAGAAAUGUUGUUAGAAAUAUUUUCCUUCCUCCAUUCAAAAUUCCGCCUCCUAACGCUUUCUCUCGUUUGUAAAAAGUGGAAGUUUCUAUCGCUCACCAAAACGAAAUUUAAUGUUGAAUUUAAAGGUGCAAAAUCAUCAACAUUUAUUAAUAAUGCACUAUUUGAAAUUGAUCGGCAGCAGCUACUUGUAGAUAAAUUGGAAUUUGGUGAAAACCCAGUUUCUCAAGCAACAUUGGAAAUUGUUGAAAAUUUAAGAACAAGUUUACAAUAUUUAAAAUGUCUUGUUCCUAUUGAUGAAUUGCGGUUUAUUAUUAAUCAAUUUUCAAAUUUAAAAUCUCUUGAUAUCAGAAGAUCUAAAUUAUCUGAUAAUUCAAUUUGUCAUGAAUUAAUGAAUAGCAAAUUGUCAUUACCUAAUUUAGUAGAAUUGAAAAUUGAAAAUGAAUUUAAUAAUGCAAAAACAGGUGAUCAUUCAAUUAAAGCACAGCUUGUUUCCUUGACGAUUGAUGGUCCUAAAACGUAUGGACGUAUGUUCAAAAUUAGGAAACCAGUUGUUGCUAAUUUAGAAUAUCCAAAUUUGAAAAAAUUGGAACUAAUUGACGUUGUUAUUGAAAGUAGAACCUUGCCAAUCGGUUUGAAAUCACUUGCAUUGAUUGGAUGCGAUGUGAAUUUCAUAGAAUUUGAAAGAGUUUCUGAAAGUUUAGAAAAAUUAGAAAUUAACCUUGUUACUACUGAUGAUGUUAAUUUUUUACAAAAAUCUAAUUUAAAGAAUUUAAAGAAAUUAAAGAUUACUAAUCAGGAUUUAACAUUUUGGGAGAAAUUAGAGAAGGUUUAUCAAGAUGAGUGGAAAGCUUUUACUUUAACAAGUUUUACCUUUGAUAGAAAUUAUUCCAAAACGGUAAAAAAAUUAUGUAACUUGGAUCUGUUAACAAGUUUAGACAUUAGCAAUGGCAAAAUUUCAUCCAAUGAUGUUAUUGAUCUUCUUAAUGAAUGUGAAAUGAAAAAUUUAACAAAAUUGAAAGCUCAAAAUUGUUCACUUUCUCAAGAAGUAAUUCCAAUUAUAGAGAAAAUGAAAUCAUUGAAAUAUUUGGACUUGAGUUUAAAUUCAUCAAUGAAAGAUUCUGAAAGAGAGAUUAUUUGUGGAAUGGAAAUUGAUUAUAUUGAUUGUGGUGGAAAAAACUUCGAUGAAAUGAAAGAAACUAAUGUUGAAUUUUUAGAUUCACUUUCGAAUAUUUCAAUUUUUGAACCUAGAAAGAGCAUUGAAAUUUUGGAAACCAAAAAUUAA